GGGGCGAGAGAGGGAACGUUUGCCCGUAAACCCCUCGAUUUUUGGCGACAACUAACUUACUUCCAAGGACGGUUCCUUAUUGGUUUUUCAUGGCUAUGGUCCCUACCGAAUUUCAGAAAUAAUUGAUUUUUUGCAAUUCUGAAGAUAGUCAGUAGGGAGGGCUGAGAUGAUCUUUUGACACGGAAACGAGAUAAACGGCGCAUGCGCACUAAAGUGACUCAUCGCCGGUGGAUUUACAUUUCGUACGGAUGGAUAAAACUACGAAAAACAGCUAGAAUUUCCCACACAAAUCGACGAAGCAUAAUGCAAACUAAAGACUUAGUCAGUACGUUGAAGAAAUUCGACGCCUACCCCAAGACACUUGAAGAUUUUCGAGUGAAAACUUUCGGCGGUGCUGCAGUUACAAUUGUUAGCGGACUUUUGAUGUUUCUACUAUUUGUCUCAGAAUUAAGUUUCUACUUAUCAACAGAGGUCACACCUGAACUCUUUGUCGACACAGCCAGAGGAGAAAAGCUUAGAAUUAAUGUAGAUGUUAUUUUUCCAAAAUUGCCCUGUGUUUAUUUAAGUAUAGAUGCAAUGGAUGUCUCUGGAGAGCAACAGAUUGAUGUGAUGCAUAGUAUAUUUAAAAAGAGAGUGGAUCUAGAUGGGAAUCCAAUUGAUGAAAAUAUAGAAAAAGGAGAUCUAGGUGAUAAGAGUCAUGAAGCUAAAGAAUUACUUGAGCUUGAUCCCAAAAGAUGUGAAUCUUGUUACGGUGCUGAGACACCUGAAAAGAGCUGCUGUAACACUUGUGAAGAUGUUAGAGAAGCUUAUAGAAGGAAAGGUUGGGCUUUAUCUGACGUUGAUGACAUCAAACAGUGUGUGAGAGAGGGCUGGAAGGACAAACUUCAAGAACAGAAAAAUGAAGGUUGUGCUGUAACAGGGCACUUGGAAGUUAAUAAGGUUGCCGGAAACUUUCACUUUGCUCCAGGAAAAAGUUUUCAACAACAUCAUGUCCAUGUCGCCAUUCUCAAGUUAAGCUCAGGGGGAAAUGUUAUAAGAGUCAAUAGUAAGUAAAGGAGUUAAUGUCUUGUUAGCCUGAGGUGAAGGGCAAAUUAUCUUUUUGUGCCGUAUAGCCGUUGAAAACACAUGCCUGUUUGCAUUGACCUUUGAACGAAGAAAUAUGAGAAUUUGAGCAAGUUGGCUACAUGUAUAAUCCCUUUUUCACCUUUGAACUUGCUUAAUUCUCUUUGCUCUUCCACGAUUGAUGCAAACAGACUAAUUAACUCAUCCCUCUUUGGCACUCAGCACUGUAGUAUAGAAGAGACUCUUUUCACAGAGCUGCAGAGUGUGUCAGAAAAGACCAGAUUCUUAGUGAUUGCUGGUCAUUACGAAAGGCCUUCA